AUGGAAGGGGCUUUUAUCAAUAAAGAAUUUAUCCAACAAGAAGGUCUUACACUAGAAAAUAUCAUUCAUCCAUAUUUUGAAUCAAGUCCGUAUUAUAAACCAGAACGCGGCUCAAAACUUGAAAUAUCAUUUGCACAACCACACGGUAGUGCAGUUUUAUCAGCUGCACAUCUUAGUAAACCAGAACACAAAUCUGUUUCUGUAGACCAAGGCCUCGUUGUUAUUGAUGAAGUUCUAAAUAACGAAAUUAUUGCAAAGUAUAUUGUUAAAGAUGGAUAUAUCCUUCCAGCGCCAACAUUUUAUAAUUUAAUAGCCGGCAGAGUUUGUUCUUCACUGAACAGUUUACAAAAAUCAAUCAAAAACGUUCACAAAGUUUUUAACUGGAAUGUUAAACGCGGAUUUACAAAGCGCAUAGCAUAUGGAGAAACAGAAACUAAAUAUGAAUUUCGUGCUUCAGAACUCAAGGAUUUGCGUUCAGAAUCUGGCGACGAAUUUAGAUUGCAAUCUACACUUCUUGAUGCUUUGCUUACAGAAAUUGGCAUCCCAUCUGCAUAA